CAACGCCUCAGUCUCUCUCUCGAGUGUGAAGAAGGAAGAUGGACACUGCGGGCAAAGUCAUCAAAUGCAAGGCUGCUGUCGCCUGGGAGGCUGGAAAGCCUCUUUCCAUCGAAGAAGUGGAGGUUGCUCCGCCAAAGGCCCAUGAAGUCCGUAUCAAGGUCCUUGCUACAGGUGUGUGUCACACUGAUGCCCACACUCUGAGUGGUAAAGACCCGGAGGGGGUGUUUCCUGUCAUCUUGGGCCAUGAGGGUGCCGGGACGGUAGAGAGCGUUGGUGAGGGUGUCACCAAGUUCAAACCAGGUGAUACUGUCAUCCCAUUGUACAUACCACAGUGUGGAGAAUGCAAAUUCUGCAAAAAUCCCAAGACCAACCUUUGUCAGAAGAUCAGGGUAACCCAGGGGCAAGGCCUGCUCCCUGAUAAAACCACCCGCUUUACCUGCAAAGGGAAGCAGGUGUACCACUUCAUGGGCACCAGCACCUUCACCGAGUACACGGUGGUGGCCGACAUCUCUCUGGCCAAGGUGAACGAGAAGGCCCGGCUGGACAGGGUGUGUCUUCUCGGCUGUGGCAUCUCCACAGGCUACGGCGCCGCUCUCAAUACUGCUAAGGUUGAGCCUGGCUCCACAUGUGCUGUGUUUGGCCUCGGGGCCGUUGGCUUGGCUGCUAUUAUGGGCUGCAGGGUAGCCGGGGCCACCAGGAUCAUCGGUGUGGACAUCAACCCCAGCAAGUUUGAGAAGGCUAAGGAGUUCGGGGCCACGGAGUUUGUGAACCCCAAAGACUACAGUAAACCCAUCCAGGAGGUGCUGGUUGAGCUGACGGACGGAGGCGUGGAUUACUCCUUUGAGUGCAUUGGAAACGUGGGAAUCAUGAGAGCUGCCUUGGAGGCCUGCCACAAAGGCUGGGGCGAGAGCGUCAUCAUCGGGGUUGCUGGUGCAGGCCAGGAGAUCUCCACCAGACCUUUCCAACUGGUUACUGGGAGAGUGUGGAAGGGCACCGCCUUCGGAGGAUGGAAGAGUGUUGAAAGCGUCCCUAAACUGGUGGAGGAUUACUUGAAGGGAACGCUUAUGGUGGACGAGUUUGUGACCCACACGCUGCCCUUCGACCAGAUUAAUGAAGGAUUCAGACUGAUGCACGCUGGAGAGAGUGUCCGCGCUGUGCUGACAUUCUGAAGUGCCUGAAAUGCUGACGUCCACCACAUCCAGCCUUACAAACAAGAUCAAUUCACUGCCGAAGUACUUAAUCUCCUGCCGUUAACACAACCACACAGCUUCCUGUGUGAGAACACACUUCUUUAUUCGCAGCGAUGUAUCUGUGUCAAACUCUGUGGCCAUUAAAGGUUAUUUUUUCCUCUU